AUGAAAUUAUCUUAAUUAGCAUAAUAUAAUGGUAAAAAAAAUGAAAAAACUUAUUUGUCUUGUAAAGGAAUUGUUUUUGAUGUUUCAAGUUCUGACUUUUAUACAGGAGAUGGAAAUUAUAAUUGCUUUUCUGGAAAAGAUUGCAGUGUUAAUUUGGCAAAAAUGUCAUUUGAUGAAAAAGAUUAUAACUAAUAUAACAAUGUAGAAUUAACUCUUUCUGAAAAAGAUAUAUUAGAUUAAUGGUAUGAAAAAUUUUAUCAAAAAUAUCCUAUUGUAGCUAAAAUUUCUGAAACAAGAAAAGAUAAUUGAUAUUUUUU